UUUCCUUCCGUUUAGCUCAUUUGCGCUACUAGUAGAUAUUUUCAAUCGCUUCUAAAUUUAGGUUAAGGUCAUUUAAAACACAUUUUAUACCAGUAAACAUCUUUUUUUGUCACGUAGAUGGCCUGGCCCCCGGGGUCCAUGUACUACGUAAUGAGAGCAGAAAAAUAAAUUCCGUGGUGCAUGCUUCCGACUGGCGAGAACAAAGCCAUUUAGUUAUUAGAUUCAUUCGUUUCGUUGCUGAGGUAAGUUAGCAAGAUUGCAGCGAAGGCACGUUACAAGGCCUUGUUUUUGCCUUUCUCCCGUAAAAAAAAAAAAAAAAAACUCGAAAACUUGAAAUAUGCGCUUUCAAUUUAUUCGCGCGAACUCAAAUUGUGACUGUCCGAGUGUUUGAUUUGCUUGGUGGAUACUGGGUGUAGUUAUCAGACCGAAUAAUUUUAAGCACUGGGCAAAGCGUGGGUGAAUGAAAGCCAAUAUUCAUAGACGUUCAUAGCCACUUAAUUUUGCUACUCAUAUCCGGCCACAACUUCGAAGGAAACUAUUAUUCAGCAUUGUACAAAGGCUUUGGCCGGUGAUCGGUAACUUCUCCUUGUGAACUAUUCAGAUUUCAGUAUAUUUGUAAUCUACAGAAAUUACUGACUCUAUCGUAGGCUUUUAGAUAUACUUCUUUAACAAAGUAAUUUAUUAGUCCAUGGAUUAUGAAGCGGCAAAAAAAACUAACCGUUUACCGAAGCUUCCAACACAAAAAACAUCGGCUCAUACGGUAACAAAAUACGGGCGAAAAAAGCGAUGUCAUAAGUGACGUAAGGUUGAAAAACAACAGGCGAUGACGAGAUAAAAGGACUUCAACCCACGCCAGUUGUUUUUCGCCUACGUUAAAAUAACAUCAAAUAAUCUCGGAGUAAUCUCACUAUAUGACCUUUCCAAGUUGUCACUAAGCUCUAGAUUAGCUAGCUCUGGGUUGCUGUAGUUUCGGUAUAAACCUGGAUAAGAUUUCGGCCAUUCGCUCAAGGUAAAACUUCAGGGGGUCUUAAAACAAUUCGAACGUUAGUUAGUGCUUCUGGACCAAAGGACGAAGGAAUGGACAGCUCAGUCUAAAGAGGAAGUGAAUUGAGUCCAGGCCCAGGAUUUACCCCGGAAGACUUCUCAGUUUUCAGCGUUCAAUUUUUCCGCAUUGCACAGGUCCCAGAAUUGAGUAAAUGUCAGUCACUGUGAAGAGCAUUUGUAUAUAAUGCAAUAGAUAUCACACUAGUUUACACGGGCUUCGGUUUUACAUGCCUAGUAAGUCUGCUCUGAACGCUGAGAAGAACUCAUCACUGCUCUGAUCUUGUAUCAUAAGAUUCCUUCCUGGAUUCAACGAUGGCAGAAAAACAGCUUAAAGACGCAAGUAAUACUAGACUUCCAAUAAAUGAAAAGGGACGGUUUCCAAAUUUCCAACAGUUCCUGCAGCAUACAUUAAGUUGUGUAAAUGCAGAAUGUUUACUCCCACAUUGCGUGAACAUGAAGCUGGCGUUGAAACACUCCCAGGGAUGCAAAAGGGAAAACUGCUCUGUGUGUCAACAAAUGAAGUCUCUGGCUUCAAAACACUCUGAGUCCUGCAUGGACCUCUACUGUUGCCUACCGUUCUGCAUGGAGGAAAAAGUCAGAAACUUCGUACAUUCUCAAUUUGGUCAGAUUGACGAUUGUUUAGAAGCUGCACCCCAAGGUCCGAGGAGAGAAGCAUUCAGCGAAGAUAAAAAGAGCAUUGGCAACCGUAGUGGUUUGUCCAACUCCCCUGAAAUGAAGGAGGCUACCACACCUCACAUCACGGAGCAGUGUUCAUCUUUAAACCUAGGGAGCAGCAAAGCAGAAGGAUCGACGCCAAAUCAGAACACAUCCACGCAAGAAUUCCCCUUGUCGUCGCUUUACAGGACGAACAGUUAUCCAUCAGUGAAUUUGAAGAGGAUGAGUCGUUCAGCUACUCUGAACAUGCCCUCCACGUUUGCAAAGUCUGCCCGCCUUAAUUCGGAACACCGUAGAUGUGAAUCACUCUUAAACGAAAACGUUGCUAUGGAUACUUCACAAUCGAAACCCAUUCCUGCUUCUCGCCAGAACCCGAUGAGACCAAGAGCUCAGACAAUGCCCAAUCCAUUAUUCGCUGUAAAAGGAAGCUUGCCAAAAAAUACAGCAACGAAAACGCAAAGUUUGGAAGAGCUUUCAGCUUCUUCUAAAUUACAAAGCGAAGACGCAGUAGACCACCGAGCCAGUCAAAGAACUGACAUAAAAGUUCAGAAGACGUCAGAUCUGUUAGAUAUAGCGUGUUCUUCUUCUGGAGGAAAAGCUUCCCACAUUACACGAAGCGAGGAAGACAUCAGUUUCAACACUAACAUGACAGAGGGCUCCCGAACUAUGUUGAAAGCGCGCCUUGUUCACACAUUAUAUAAUCUCCUACAUCUGAUAAUGCAGAAAAUGGAAAGAAAAGAGGAAAUUUUGAUAUGCAUUAACUCAUUAAGAAACGCUUUGCACCAGAUAAAUACUCUAUCGCAUGACGGAGGCUGUACAACGUGAAAAGCAGGACUGGAUGAGGACACUUUUUAAACCUAAUUUGCAAACAAUAUUUGUUUCCAAAACGGCCAUACGUUAAAUAAUUUUUUUUUUUUACCUUUGCUAACUUAUAUCCUGUAUUGAAAUGCCAGACCACCAAAAACCUAAAGAAUCAAUGAAACGAUAACGAGAAAAUGACCUGUAUGCUACCUGUACGGAGCAUGCGCUAAAAGCCGUUCCUUUCUGAUAAUAUUUGUUAGAAUCACAGGCCGUGCCAAAUGGGAGCUGUUGACGUGAUGAUGCGCGAGCAAAGAGAACUUACAUUUUGGUAAUCGAAAGAAACGCGUAAUUUUCUGUCCUCAGGUGCUCUUCCGUGAUUAUUUAUUCAUUUAUUUUUUAAAUAGUUAACACUUCAGUAUUUCACAGUUAACAUUUUGAUCGGCUGAGCUAACAAUUAGAUUAUGAGCUCGAUAAUUCUAUCGCGUAACACUUUGCUAAUGUGCAGCCGGUGCCAACUAUCGGAAAUCAAGAAAGAAUAAUCUGAUUGUUUUAGUCGAAAGAACUGAACCUCGACUAGUAAAUUAUCUAAAUCCUCUUCACAGGCACUUCGAAAACGCAAAGAAUUAGAGGCCGCUAUUUUGGUCGAAACUGAUCAAACCAAACCUGAGUGCAUGAAGACUUACACCUGUGACCAUUUUGCGCACUUCAAACCUUUCACGACACACGCAACAAGACGUAAUGUGCGACGUAUUUUUCUCACUACUCUUCUAAAAAUUGCCAGCGGACCUAAUUGAAAACGGUCAAGUCUUCCCAUUUCUCGUGUGCCGAUGAUCAUUCCGAAGACAAUAGAGAAAGUGAAAAAAUGUAUAUACAGAAAUUUGGAAAUCAAGAAGCUAGGGAUCGAAGCUUUAAAAAAGUAUCAAGCAGUUCUCUGACCGGGGAAUAUCUUAUAAUUUACUUGGUUUUUCAUAAACAGAAACAGAAAUAAUAAAUUUUCGAUCGAAAACAAGCAAAGUAACGAAAUUAAGAAUUU